UCUCUCCCUGGUUUUCCGGUGUCGCACAGGGGAUAGUUCUGCUGGGCUUCACUAAACAAAGCAGCUACACCAUCAGCAAAUGAAAGAGAGCUAACUCAGGAGAGGCUAGGUUGGAGUCGCCGCCCAGCCCACACCGUCAAUUCGUCAUCGGGCACCAGGCGAAGCGUAACCUGCUCGCUGUUUUGCCUGCCUCCGCCACGGCGGGACGCCGAGGGGGGGCUGUUGGGUUCAUCGCCCACAUGGAAGGCAGGGGGCGCGGCAAUAGCAGGGGCGCCGCGACGAGAGCAACAAGCAGAGGCGCGAGAGCAGGGGCACGAGGGAGAGGGGGAGGGACGCGGGGGGAAAGAGGGGAUAGAAGUGGGAAAGGAAAACGGCCGGCUUGGUCACCGUCGGGGCAGGUAUCGUCAUCCUUUCCGUCAGCGAGCGGCGGCAGCGGCGAUGGAGGAGUAGGAGGUGGUGGAGCAGGCGGCGGCGCCGGCGCCGGCGACUCGUACGACACGCUCGGCAAGCUGGUGUCGAAAGCGACCAAGCCAACUCGCGAGACGGGGUAUAAGCGCCUCGACGAGGACACGGUGCGGCGCAUUAAGGGCAUCGCUAGGAAGGAUGAAGACUGCGCUACCGGCGCGAUCCGCUACCUCAUGCAGAGGAUGGCGGCCAAGUCUGCCGAGGCGCGGUUCAUGGCCCUGUCCAUCGUGGGGCUGCUGUUUCAGCGUUCGACGGUGGUCCGUAAAGUCAUAGUCGCCGAUCUCAAGAACUUCAUGAACCUAGCGGUUGGCCACGACGCGCGGCACCCGCUCCCCGGCCCGCCCGCCGCCGCGGUGGCCCUGCGCGAGAAGGCUCUGGCGCUCAUGGAGGAGUGGAACGAGUCCCACGGCGACCUGUACAAGGGCCUUCGCGCGGCCUACCGGUUUCUGAGGGAGGGCAAGCGGAUGAAGUUCCCGGAGCUGCAGGCGCGGGCGGCGAGGGCGCGAGAAGCCGCCGCCCGACGGGAUAAACACGCGCGGCGUCUGCUGCAGGCCAAGUAUUUGCAGGCGAAGGCCGAGAUCACGGAGCAGGCAUCCGAGAUACAGACGAUAGUGCGAGAGAUGGAAGAGUGUAUCGCCAUCCUCGUUCCAGCCGUUCCGGGAACCGACGCCGUUUCCACAGACCAGGGCAACGGUGACAAGCCCCGGGGUCACCGUUUGCUUCCGGAAGGCGGUGGUCGUGGGAGCGACGGCGGUGGCGGUAGCGGAGACGAGGGUGGGCGUAGCGACGGCGGUGCAGGUGGCGUUGGCCCACGAAAUAGCGACGGACGGCCAACUACUGCCAGCAAGUGCGAGGGAACGGAGGAGGAGGAGAGAAAGAAACAAGAAAGUAGCGAGGAGGGUGAAGGGAAGACCAAGCAACACGACCGAACGGCUUCCGGGGAAAGCGGACGGGAGGACCCCAGUGUCCAGCUGGAACGAGGGGAGAACGAGCGUGGGGGGGAGGCAAGGGCAAACACACAGGCGAGAGAUUCUGCUGCUGCUACCACAGCUGACAGUGACGACGACGAGGGAAUGGAGUGGGUGGACGGGGGCGGUGACAACGACAUCGGUGGUGACAACCGCUCGAAGGCAGAGGAGGAAGAGGGGGGGGAGGACGAAGAGGGGGACGAGGAAGCAGUGAGGAACAGGAAGCGAAGGUGGAGCGGAGGCGCCGGGGACGACGGCGAGCUCCGGACGAUCGCCGAUACGGUGGAAGCGGCCGGGUUGGGCAGCAGAGGUUACGAGCUUCAAGUCGAAGUGGCCAUGAUGGGGUGA